CAGUAGAGUGAACUGGCAAGGACGAAUCAAUCUUUGCAUCCAAAAACUCUUCUCUUUAUAAGUUUCCCACCAAAGCAAGCGUUUCUCUGAUGUUCUCUUUGCCUCUCUCUCUCUCUCUCUCUCUCUACCAAUCGUCGUGGAGAGGCAAAUAUUAUAAUGGGGAGAAAACCAUGCUGUGAUAAGAUUGGAAUGAAGAGAGGGCCAUGGACUAUAGAGGAAGACCAUAAGCUCAUCAACUUCAUACUUAACAAUGGCAUCCAUUGCUGGAGAAUUGUCCCCAAACUCGCAGGUCUAUUGAGAUGUGGUAAGAGCUGCAGGCUGAGGUGGAUUAAUUAUUUGAGGCCUGAUCUCAAGAGAGGUGGUUUUACACCCGACGAUGAAGACCGUAUUAUCGAACUUCAUUCUCGUCUUGGCAACCGGUGGUCUAAGAUCGCCUCUCAUUUUCCGGGUCGGACGGACAAUGAGAUCAAGAAUCACUGGAACACAAAGAUCAAGAGGAAGAUGAAGCUUCUUGGGUUAGACCCGAUAACGCAUAAACCGAUCGAUAAUAACACCGAACAAACCCAUCCAAACCAAAGUCCUGAUCCACCGGUCAACGCUCAGGCAACCAACGACGAUCAUGUUCUUUUGAACAGCUUCGAAUCUCUGUUCGAAGACAUGGGAAUGGAAUCUUUGUUCCAAAUACCAGAAACCAACAUGUCUUCUUCUUUGGCCAGUAACCCUUCGAUGAGUUCAGUCGAUGAAUCGAACAGUAUGAACAUUUCCACGAGCGAGUCUUCGUAUCUCCCGGAAGAUUCCACCUCCUUUGAGCAGUGGAACGUACUGGAUAUGGUGGAUCCUUUGGUGCCUUGGGAUCUUUUCGGCAAUCUCCAAGAUAAUUCAUUCCAUCUCUGAGAAUAACAAAGCAAUAUUAUUGGUCGUAAAUAUUACACGUAAAUGUGAAAUCGUGUUUUCAGUAGUUUAGUUUCUUGUGUAUUUGAAAAUAAAAUAAAAUAACGGCUCUCCAAGCUGUAUAUCAUGCAUGGCGCGUGAUGAUGCGAUUUCGUUUCUUCUUAAUUUCAUCCAUCAUA